AAGCAUUGACGGCCAUGCCUCUUCGCUUUCUCCCCAUUUCCUUUCGUCGCACUUCCCACCUGGUGAGCUUGCAUCUUCCUCGCGCUCUUUAUCGUAGGCACGUCACAACAGCCAUGACCUCAAAACACUUUCUUGCUGACACCGAUGCUCCCAUCUGCCGCCUCGAAGCCAAGCAGCACUUCGAAUCGUUGACGGAAAAGGAACAACUGUAUGCCCACUAUGUUGGACGUGCAUCCUGGGAGGGUGCUCGCAUCCUGUCAACAACGAUAUCUCGCGAGGCUCCGUUGUUGUACAGUUUGUUCAUUGAAAUAUUUACGGACAAAGAUAACUCUGGAAACAUCCCACGCAUGAAAGACAUAUUGCCGCUCAAAGCCAAGGCGGAGGUGUCUGACGAUGCGUGGAAGUAUUUCUUAGAGUAUGCAGCACAGGUCUUGAACAACCUGGGAAACUACAAGAGUUUUGGCGACACAAAGUUCUUGCCUCGCUUGUCUGUUAAUGAUUUCGAAAAGAUUGUAAGAGCGUCCGGAUCUGAAACAGCAGUCAAGCUAUUUGAGCAAGUGCGGGACGCCGUAUACGCGGCAGAACCAGAUGCGCAAUUGCUGAUUGGAUUUCCGGCUGAGGGACACGUAUCUGGGUAUUAUUCGCCAAACAUUUCAAAGCACGAUGUUCAACUUGUGCAAGCGUUACUCGAACAAAAAAACAUCUCUGCACUCAAUACACGUCUCUUCAAACUGUCCGAGAACGAGUACGAGGUGAGGAUCGCAUCAGCCAAAGUAACAAAAUCGCCCGAGACUUUCGAGAUAUCGGAGGGGAAAGUUGUCAAGGUUAUAUAUGGCGACUUCGCAGACAACAUGACCAAAAUUGCAGACAACAUUCGACUGGCCAUUCCGUAUGCUGCCAAUGACCAUCAGAAAAAAAUGUUGGAAGCAUACGCAGAAUCCUUUAGCACUGGUUCUAUUGACGCACACAAAGAAAGUCAAAGACACUGGAUUCGCGAUGUUGGGCCAAACGUUGAGAGCAACAUUGGGUUUAUUGAGACUUACAGGGACCCGGCAGGUGUCAGGGCGGAAUGGGAAGGUUUCGUGGCAGUAGUCAACAAGGAGAUGACCCAAAAGUUUGAGAAACUAGUCGACAGUGCCGAAACUUACGUUGGGCGCCUUCCGUGGGCAAAAGAAUUCGAGAAAGACAAAUUCAACAAACCUGACUUUACUAGCCUUGAAGUGGUGACCUUUGCCACAUCUGGUACGCCUCCAGCAGGCAUCAACAUUCCCAACUACGAUGAUAUUCGAAUGACGGAAGGCUUUAAGAAUGUAUCGCUUGGAAACGUUCUAAGCGCAAAGGCACUAAACGAGAAGGUCACGUUCAUUAAGUCUGAUGAUUUGGCCGUGUACGACAAGUACCGGGGUCCGGCGUUCGAGGUGCAAGUUGGUUUGCACGAGCUCUUGGGCCACGGCAGUGGAAAGCUGCUUCAAGAAGAGGCACCCGGCAAAUUUAACUUUGACCACACCAACCCUCCUAUCUCUCCUCUAACUGGCAAACCAGUAACGACAUGGUACAAACCAGGAGAAACCUGGGGAUCUGUUUUCAAAGCCGCUGCGGCAUCAUACGAGGAAUGCCGUGCUGAAUCCGUGGCCAUGUACUUGUGUGUUGACAGAGAAAUUCUGAACAUUUUCGGACAUGGUGAAGAGCAGGAGGCAUCCGAUAUCAUUUACGUCUGCUAUCUUCAAAUGGCGCGCGCCGGCCUCCUCGCGCUGGAGUUUUACGAUCCCAAAUCGAAGAAAUGGGGGCAGGCCCAUAUGCAAGCCCGCUAUGCCAUUCUACAAGUUUUCUUGCAAGCUGGCCUUGUGAGAAUUGAGGAAACGGGUGCGGACGACCUGCUCAUUCAUCUUGAUCGCAGUAAAAUCGAAACCGUGGGGGUGAAAGCAGUCGGUGACUUCCUGGCUAAGCUCCAAAUCUACAAGGCAACUGCAGAUGCCGAUAACGGACUUGCGUUUUACACUAAACAAACGACGGUAUCCGAUGACUGGAUAAAGUACCGUGAAAUCGUGUUGGCUCAAAAGCAACCGCGAAAAGUGUUCUUGCAAGGAAACACCUUUAUUCAAGACGGAAAAGCAGUGUUCAAAGAAUACCCUGUUACUCUAGAAGGAUUCAUCCAGUCUUUUGUAGAGAGAAACGUGUAGAAUUUGGGUGCAUUUUCAGAGUAGAAUGGAUUAGAAAGAUCAUUAUCCCCCUCCCCGCCGCCAAAUACAGCGCUCGAAAUAUUUAGUGACCGUUGGCACAUAUUGUCGACUGAACUAUGUGAAUCAAAUAGCAAAUUUAUUACAAUAAUAUGUAUCACAUGUAGCAGAGUAUCAA